AUGGCGACCAUGUCCACUAUGCCCGCCGAUGCGAAUCCGUGGAGGAAAAACCUCAAUGCGACACUCCAAUGCCCCGAAUGCAAGGAAGUCCCUCCCAACCUGGAGUUCCCAGAUUCCCAUGAGACCGUCUGCGGCUCCUGCGGCUUAGUUCUGGCCGAUCGCGAGAUCGAUAUGCACUCCGAGUGGCGAACCUUCUCGAACGAUGACCAGAACAAUGAUGAUCCGUCCCGUGUCGGAGAGGGUCCGAAUCUGCUGCUCAACGGAGACCAGCUGGAGACCACCAUCGCCAGCGGAGCCACUGGUCGAUCCCGUGAUCUCUACCGUGCUCAGAAUAAGCAGUCCAACGAGAAGUCCAACAAGGCGCUGCUGGCAGCAUACAAGGAAAUCGGUGCUCUUUGCGAUGGUUUCAACAUCCAGAAGAACGUCGCCGACACAGCCAAAUAUCUCUUCAAGGUUGUGGACGAUGCCAAGGCUUUCAAGGGCAAGUCCCAGGAGGUGAUUAUUGCUGGGUGCAUCUUCAUUGCAUGCCGUCAAUGCAAAGUUCCCCGGACCUUCACCGAAAUUUUUGCUGUGACCAAGGUCACUCGCAAGGAGAUUGGCCGCAUCUACAAGGCCCUUGAGAAGUUCUUCACUGCCCAGAAUGUCGAGCGACACAAUGCGACUGGAGGUACCGGAGAUCCCAAUGAUAACUACACCGCUACUACCUCAACUAAACCCAGCGACCUUUGCAACCGUUUCUGCAAUCUGUUGGAUCUUCCUUACUCGGUUACCAGUGUUUCUUCAUCGCUCUCUGAUCGCGUCACGGCCAUGGGAGACCUGGCUGGACGUUCUCCCCUGUCUAUUGUGGCUGCCUGUAUUUACAUGGCUUCGUAUCUCAUGGGCCACGGCAAGUCUGCAAAGGAGAUUUCUGCGGUCGCUCACGUCAGCGACGGAACGAUUCGUGGUGCCUACAAGCAGCUGUAUGCCGAACGUGAGCGUCUGGUCGACAAGGAAUGGAUCAAAGAUGGCCGUGGUGAUAUGGCUAAGCUCCCUGUGAGCUGA